AUGCAGAAGGAAAAAAAGAGGAGGCAUCAGGAGUUAAAGAGCGGCCUGAAGAGUAAAAGAUGGGGCUAUUUCCGGAGUAACAAUACUUACAUCAAUGCUGUAGUUUACAGAAGAAGAUUUCAUCUGUGUGAUAUGUAUUCUGUUGCUGGAAAGUUUGCUUAUAAACAGAAGCCUGGGUCAAUGCUCGCACAUCGCCCUAUAAUUGAAACGUAUCAGGAACUCAAUGAAGAACAAAGUGACUGUCUCUCACUUUUUGAAAGAGGAUCGACGGAAGAUGGUUUAUAUACAAUACAACCCCUCAUAGCUUUAAACAUACAAACAUGGUGCGAUAUGAAAAAUGGUGGAUGGACAGUUAUACAACGUCGACUGGACGGGUCAGAAAACUUCUACAGAACAUGGACGGAUUAUGUUUGUGGAUUCGGUAACAGAUCAGGAGAGUACUGGCUUGGUCUUGAGAAUAUAUAUCGGCUUACUACUGUAAACAGUUCUUUGAGAAUUGAUAUGGACGCAUUUGAAGACGUAUCACAUAUACAUGCCUAUGCACAGUAUGACACGUUCAAAAUUGACGGCGAAGAUUCAAAUUUUAGAUUGCAUGUAAAUGGGUACUCCGGAAACUGCGGUGAUAGUCUAAGUUUACAUGAUGGAAAUGUGUUCUCGACUAAAGAUAGGGAUAACGACGGAUGGCCGUACAACUGCGCUCAAAUAUUGAAAGGAGCAUGGUGUUAUGAAGCUUUUUUUGUCAUCAUAGCAAUUUGA